AUGAAGGAGCCGGAUGCCAUCAAGCUGUUUGUGGGGCAGAUCCCGAGGCAUCUGGAGGAAAAGGACCUGAAGCCCAUCUUCGAGCAGUUUGGUCGGAUCUUCGAGCUGACUGUCAUCAAGGACAAGUACACCGGGCUGCACAAGGGAUGUGCCUUCCUGACAUACUGUGCCCGCGAUUCAGCCCUGAAGGCCCAGAGCGCCCUGCACGAACAGAAGACGCUUCCAGGGAUGAACAGGCCGAUCCAGGUCAAGCCAGCCGACAGCGAGAGUCGAGGAGAAGACCGGAAGCUCUUUGUGGGGAUGCUAGGGAAGCAGCAGACAGAUGAGGAUGUCCGGAAGAUGUUCGAACCGUUCGGGACCAUAGACGAGUGCACUGUGCUCCGGGGGCCAGAUGGCGCCAGCAAAGGCUGUGCUUUCGUGAAGUUCCAGACCCAUGCAGAGGCGCAGGCAGCAAUAAACACACUUCACAGCAGCCGGACGCUGCCGGGUGCCUCAUCUAGCCUGGUGGUAAAGUUUGCUGACACAGAGAAGGAGCGAGGUCUCCGCCGAAUGCAGCAGGUGGCCACCCAGCUGGGCAUGUUCAGCCCCAUCGCCCUUCAGUUUGGAGCCUACAGCGCCUACACUCAGGCUCUGAUGCAGCAGCAGGCAGCCUUGGUCGCGGCUCACAGUGCCUACCUCAGCCCCAUGGCCACCAUGGCUGCCGUGCAGAUGCAGCACAUGGCCGCCAUCAAUGCCAAUGGCCUCAUUGCCACUCCCAUCACCCCGUCCUCAGGAACCAGCACCCCUCCUGCCAUCGCUGCCACGCCUGUAUCUGCCAUCCCUGCGGCUCUGGGUGUCAAUGGCUACAGCCCGGUGCCCACCCAGCCCACUGGGCAGCCUGCCCCUGAUGCUCUGUAUCCCAAUGGGGUUCACCCCUACCCAGCCCAGAGUCCCGCGGCCCCCGUGGACCCCCUCCAACAGGCCUACGCGGGGAUGCAGCACUACACAGCAGCCUACCCUGCGGCCUACAGCCUGGUUGCACCUGCAUUCCCGCAGCCUCCAGCCUUGGUUGCCCAACAGCCCCCACCCCCACCUCAACAGCAGCAGCAACAGCAGCAGCAACAGCAGCAGCAAGAAGGCCCUGACGGCUGCAACAUCUUUAUAUACCACCUACCCCAGGAGUUCACGGACUCAGAGAUCCUCCAGAUGUUUGUCCCCUUUGGCCAUGUCAUCUCAGCCAAAGUCUUUGUUGACCGAGCCACCAAUCAAAGCAAGUGUUUUGGCUUUGUGAGUUUCGACAAUCCAGCCAGUGCCCAGGCUGCCAUCCAGGCCAUGAAUGGGUUCCAGAUCGGCAUGAAACGCCUCAAAGUCCAGCUAAAGCGGCCUAAGGAUGCCAACCGGCCCUACUAAGGGUCCCAGGUCUGGAGACACCAGAGGAAGGGGCGCCUCACACUCUUCCCCCACUGGCUCCAGCCCUUCUGCACAUCUGCCUGGGCCUUGCCCAGGCUCUGGGCAAAAGCUGCUUCAUGGCCCCGGGGGCGCAGAACUCAGCCCCCUCCCACCACCCUGCCUCUCUGAAGGGCCACGGCUUUGCUUCCCUGGCUCCAAGGGCCUUUUUCCUUCAGGUGCCCUGUUGGCCUUGUUGAGGGAGCAAGGAAUAGGCUCGAAGGUUCCAGGGUACCUGCCUUCUGCUAGGGCUCCUGUGACGGGUCUUCUGUGCCCACCAUUCUGUGCGUACUCACCUCCCCCACCAGAGGGUCUGUUCUAGCCGUGCAGGCCCAGGAGGGCAGCACCCCCCCCCCC